AUGGAGUCGCGUAUUCAAGAGGCUCUUCAGUACUUUGAGGAUUUUCCUGGCGCAAAAGUGGCCGCGGUUGCGCGGUUAUUCCACGUGCCGCGUGGCCGACUGCGAUAUCGACUAGAAGGCCGGCAACCUAAGAAAGGCGCUGCCGGCCACAAUACACUGCUGACGCGCCCAGAAGAGCUUGCAGUGUGUAGAUAUAUUGACCGGCUUGACAAUGUAGGCUUGGCUGUGCGCAAGGAAUUUGUGCGGGACGCGGCGAAUCUAAUCCUGCGCGAGAGGUCUUCCAAGGCUAAGGCUGGCAAUCCACCUGCAGUUGGCCAGCACUGGGUCUCUCGCUUCCUUACACGGUACGGUUACGACAGCAAGAAGCAGAAGACGCUGGAUUCUAACCGCCAGGUUGCAGAAGAUAUCGACAAGGUUAACCAGUACUUCCAACGGCUGCGGGAGAUUAUUGAAACCCAUGGCAUCACCCCUGAAGACAUCUGGAAUAUGGACGAGACUGGGUUCCAACUUGGCGUAGGAAAGGAUCAGUUGAUUGUGACUAAGCGAGAGCGAGCCCACUACCUUGCCAUUCCUACGAACCGUGAAUCAGCUACUGCUAUAGAGGCUAUCUCGGCAGCCGGGCGCCACUGCCCUGGUUUCCUCAUCAUGACUGGAUCUAAGCACAUGGCCCGUUGGUACGCAGAGUCUGUGGGCUUGGAUGAAGAUACUGCGCUGGGUGUUUCAGAGACUGGUUACUCGAAUGACGAAUUGAGUCUUGAAUGGAUUCGGCAUUUUGACAAGCACACGGCAUCAACAGCUAAAGGACUGAAGCGGUUGUUGAUCCUGGAUGGCCAUGGCUCGCACCAUACUAAGGAAUUUAUCGAGUACUGUGACAACCACCACAUCAUACCUUUUGGCUUACCGUCGCACUUGACACAUAUUCUUCAGCCACUAGAUGUGUGCGUAUUGCAGCCGCUAAAACAUUACCAUGCCAAGGCGCUGGAUCUGGCAGUUCGCGACGGCUGCACUAACAUCACCAAGCUAGAAUUUUUGGCUUCUAUUAAGGAUGUACGCAACCACGCCUUCAAGCGUAGUCCGGAGUCUCGGCAACCACACAAUCCUACGCCUGAGCCGCAGUUUCCAACUGGAUCUUCACCAUUCGAGACUCCUCUAACCUUGCGGCAAGUUAACAAGCUAGCCAACAACAUUAUGGAAGCUGUCGACGAAUUCCCAGACUUAAUGGCUUCAAUAUCUACUGAUAUAGAUCGAUAUGUUCGGGGGACGCUUGCCAUGAGCACGGAGCUAGUGCAAACAAAGAGAGAUCUAGGGCGCACCAAGUUGGCCGAGACGGUGGCUAAGCGGCGCAGGGCAAUGAAGAAUAAGACCUUACAGACAGGAGGAGUGCUUACAGUGGCAGAAGGCCGGCGUAUGGUGCAGCGAAGGGUUGACGCAGAUCUGGCGGCGGCAAGGCGACGUGUGCAAGCAGCGGAACAACGGGCGCGCAAUGGAUACAAGCGGUGGUUUGAAGCAACUGCCAAGGAAGCUCGUUGUUGA